AGGUAUAUUUGCCUGCAGCUCGCGUGCCAGCACAAAUGGCUCUAGAUUCGCUAUCACGGGAAUAGAGGAUAAAUUUCAAUAUCAAUUUUUUGCCUUUGCCUUUUCAGAAAGGACUGAAACAAGAAGGAUAUAAGUGGUGAAUGUUGGAAAACCACUGAGAUACAAGGAACUAGUAACUAGAACUAGAUCAUAUUGCUUGUCUAUUCCUUAAUAUCAGAUGUCGACAAGAUGAGCAAAAUUAAUUCUGUCCCCAAACUAAGUAGGAAUCCAGAUUUUCCUACCUCAAAAUAAUUUCUGUUAUCCAAAACCACUUGGAGUGAAGUCACCAGUUCUAGUCAUAUAAAGACAUUAUGGUUCAAUUUCAUCAGGGACAUACUGGUCGUUGCACAUUCCCAGGCUGGAAUCCAGUUGCCAUUUUAUUCCUACCUCCCUAUGCAUACCAACAGUCCACUGGCAAGAGCUGUUUUACCACUUUGGCUCUGCUUCCCUAUGCUUGCUAAACAGUUGGUGAGAACCUGCUCAUCACAGCCUUGCCUCCUUUGCUUUGAAAGUUCACUUGUUGCCUCAGCCUUGUAUGCCCCAAUAGAAACUGAUUCGCUGAAGCAUACAAAUGGUAAAAAAGACAGCAGCAUCUGUACUAAUAUUCAGAAAACUGAUAGUAGUGACUGUGGUUACCAACUCAGAUUGUGUAUGCUUUGCUAAGAGGAACUGUGAUCUUAUACUGGUUACCCAAAAAAGAAACAUUUGAACAUUAAAUAUAUAUCUAAAAUGAACAUCUCAUUAGGCUGAAGACCUACGAGCCUUUCUGUAGUAAGAGAUUUCUAUUGAGGAAAUUCUUGAUCAUCAAGUUUAUGCUUAGAAUUGUUAAUUAUGUUAUGUGAUGCAUGUACAAUUUAAAGUUAUGGUUGUAAGAAUGGUGUGUUCUAUUUGGCAAAAUAAUAAGCCAGCCAGUAGUUACUAAGCAAUUAAAACCAUUUACCCAAAUUUGUGUAAAAUUCUUGUUGGCUUCUUUCAGUUCUUGAAUUGCCAUCAGAAAAAGAACUGCACAAAGUUCUUCAGAUGUUGGAACCCCACAUUUCAUUUCUGGAAGAUCUGACAAAAAUGGGAGGAGCAAUGCGUUCAGUCCUUACUCAGGUUUUGACCAAUCAGCAGUACUAUAAAAGUCUUAGUUCUGGUGGUGGAGAAAAUACAUGUUCAAAGAAAAGCCAUGAAAAAUAUCUUAUAGCUUUGAAAGGUUCUGGACUGACAUUUGCUGAAGAUAAGCUUGCAGGUGGAAUGCAGGACCAAGGAGCUGGAGCUAGUGCUUCAGUAGUUCAAGGUUUUGCAGGUUCUACACCAACUUCAGGGCAAGGUGACACUUCAGAUGAGGUGAGACUUUCAGAAUAAAAUAAAAUGUAAUCUUGUGUGACAGAAAUUAAGAUAUCAUGAGCCUCAUUGUGUUUGCCUUUGCUAACAAAUUUAUUUAAUAGGAUUAUUUAUGCUGAAAAUGCCUCCAGUAAGAAAAUUAUUAUUACUACUCUUGUUGAAUUAAUUUUGUCAACAUUAGGAAAUCAUAUUGUAGAUCGUGGUUGUCAAUUUUUUUGAUUUGCCCUUGGCUUCAUUGAAUGAAGAAGAAUUGUCCUGGGCUACAUAUGUAAUACUGUAUAUAAUGUAGUUAAUAAAUAUAAAUAACAAACUUCCCUUAUUUUUAUAUUUUUUAUUAUCUUAUGGGUUCACAUGGCUAGCUAUCCAGAACCAUGGGUUGGAUACCUUUGAUGUUAAUAGUAAUUUCUGAAAAUAGGCUAGCUUAAUAUCAUGUAUAUUUACUUCUGUAAAACAGGUUUUAAUCAGUGUUACUGAGAAGAUCAUAUGCAAACUUCUAAAUCUUUGUGGAUUAUUACAUUUUUCCACAUUUGACAUUUAUAUUAUAAAUCAGAUUUAUCUUAAUAUACGCAGUAAAGAUAGGAGAGAAAAAUGAAUCCUGGCAUAAAUAUGUGUUCAGUUUUCUAAACUGGGAAUUCUUAGAACAAGAAAAAAACCUUUAAGAAGAGAUUGGACAAUCAAUUUGUUUGAUAUGCUAAAGGAUUUCCUGCUUGAAUAGGAGAUUGG